ACAGCGGAGUCAUCUUCCUCCCAGAUGGACGAGUGAGUAGUAUAGUAAACAACUGGGCGAAAAGAUUAGUUAGGAAGAAUUGAAGUUUGUGGAAGUAUUCUCUGAAGCUGAAGUCAUGUUUGUGGUGUAUUUGCGUACUUCAGUUUGAGGAUGGAGUCAUCUUGUCUGGACCUGGCUCUGGAAGGUGAGCGGCUCUGUAAGGCUGGUGAAUAUCGCGCCGGUGUGUCCUUCUUUGAGUCUGCCAUCCAGGUUGGAACAGAGGACCUUCAAAUCCUCAGCGCCAUCUACAGUCAGCUGGGCAAUGCCUACUUUCACCUGCAGGAGUAUAACAAAGCCCUGGAGUACCAUCGGCAUGACCUCACUCUUACGAGAACAAUUGGAGAUGAACUUGGUGAGGCAAAAGCCAGCGGCAACCUUGGGAACACAUUAAAACUUUUAGGACGGUAUGAUGAAGCAGUGGUUUGUUGCCAAAGACAUUUGGAUAUCACCAGAGCCAUGUAUGAUAAGGUUGGGCAGGCUCGAGCACUGUAUAAUUUCGGGAACGUUUACCACGCCAAGGGCAAGAGCAUCUGCUGGACUGGAGCCGAGCCAGGAGACUUCCCAGACGAGGCCAGGGUAGCCCUAAGUAAAGCUGCACAGUACUAUGAAGCAAACUUGUGCGUGGUGAAGGAGUUAGGAGACCGUGCAGCUCAGGGUCGCACCCAUGGUAACCUUGGCAACACUUACUACCUGCUGGGUGACUUUGAAAAGGCAGCAGCUGCUCAUGAAAAGCGGCUGCUCAUCGCUAAAGAGUUUGGGGAUAAGUCUGCUGAGCGGAGGGCCCACUGUAACCUUGGCAAUGCUCACAUAUUCCUCAGCCAGUUUGAAGUGGCGGCUGGUCAUUACAAGAGGACUCUGCAGCUGGCCAGGUUUUUGAAGGACAAGGCAGUGGAGGCUCAGGCCUGUUACAGUCUGGGCAACACCUACACACUACUACAAGACUAUGAGAGAGCCAUUGAUUACCACCUCAAACAUCUGGUCAUUGCUCAGGACCUCAAUGACAGGGUUGGUGAAGGACGAGCAUACUGGAGUCUAGGAAAUGCCCACACUGCCCUGGGGAAUCAUCAGCAAGCCAUGUACUUUGCAGAGAAACAUCUGGAAAUUGCCAAAGAGACUGGAGACAAAAGCGGUGAGGUGACGGCCAGGAUGAACUUGUCGGACCUACGGCUGGUCGUAGGCCUGAAGUCCAACUCCAAUAUCCACGCCAAUAUCUUCUGCAACACCAACAUGAACAGCUCUGCUCUGUCAGCAAGUUACCCUGGUUACCCCAACCUCCAAGGGAGCAAGUCUUCAUCAAGGACAAGAAGCAGUGCAGAGAACCUGAGAUUGAGUCCAGGUCCUGACAAAAAUGAAACUGGGGAUUCAUCGCUGCAGCAAGAUCAAUCUAUAUGCAAGUAUAAUGUACAGGACUGGGAAGAGGAUGUGUUCCCCGGAUCUUCAAAAAACAACACAAUCAAGGCUUCUACAAAACUCUUCCUCUUCCACCGGCUGAAAAGCAGGAAGCAGAAGAACAACAAAUCCUCUCCGAAAGACCAGCAUGAAAACCGCACCGAGCUCUUGGCCCCUGAGCAGGACGCACCAGUGUCUCCUAAGCCAGGAUCACGGGACACUAUAGGAGAGGAUGGCUUUUUCGACCUCCUCUCUCGUUUCCAGGGCAACAGAAUGGACGACCAAAGGUGCAGUCUACUGGAUGGCCAGAGCCAUGUCACCGCUUAUUCCUCUCCCUCCUCCACCCCACCUGUAGCUGAAAGGAAAUCUAUUUUGGAGUGCGAAACACCAUUGCAGGAUCCUGGUCAUUUCCUGGAGCUGCUGGCCAGCUCCCAGGCCCGUCGUCUGGACGACCAACGAGUCAGCCUCAGCCAUUUUCCUGGCUUACGUCUCAGCACCUCCAACCCGCCUCAUACACCCUCCACCUCCAGCACAGACCAAGCCCCCCCACAAGCUCCCAUAUCCAACACAGAUACCCCUCACACACCCUCCCUGUACGGUCAGCUCGAGGCAAGUGCUGAGCAGCCUGAGGGGGAUGACGUGUUCUUCGACAUGCUGGUCAAGUGCCAGGGUUCCCGUUUGGAGGACCAGAGGUGUGCUGCUCCAACUUCUAAAACAAAAGGACCAACUGUUCCAGAUGAAGAUUUCUUCAGUCUCAUUCUGCGUUCCCAAUCCAACAGAAUGGAGGAGCAGCGAGUCCUGCCCCCACCAGGUGUCACUCAAUCCAAACCAGACUGACUCCAUGAGUGACUAAUAUUUCACUCAGUAAAAACGAUGAAGUAACUAAGCUUCCUUUUUUUUUUUUUUUUUAAAGGUUUUUUUUUUUUUUUUUUUUCUUUGGUAAUAAAAUACUCUUGAUUCCUGCCUUUUUGGAUUAUCCUGAUAAUGCUCCUGUCACUCCACCAAGGAUACAAGAGACACUUUAAGGAAUCAAGAUGACAAUUCAAAACUGGUCAUUGAGACAGUAAAAUUGAGCUUUUCAAGACUUAUGGACUUGUUUUUAGGAAGCUGAGUUGUUUUUUUGUGCCCCUUGCUGGUUGUUUGAUUCAGAGACCUAUAACAGUGACCUCUGCUGACUCUGGACUACAAGUACUAACUACCCCACAGUUUGUGUGAGUGGCUUGAUGCAAGCCUCCAAACUACACCGUUUAGAAGUACUUAAACCAAACCGUAGGGAUUUCUGCUUGAAUAUGGACAAAAGAGACAUUAUGUGAAUUUAUCCCAAGCAUUUAAGCAAAUUGGAACAUUGCAGGGACUGUUCUGCCCACUGGCGAUUCUAUUAAGUCUUUAAGAGUGGUGCAUCUUGGUCUAAACUGAUCUCAGACCUCUCCAAGUGAACAAGUGACAAAUCCUCUCUUGGGAAAUAAAGGUCCACAUCCACCACGACUGCUGCAGUGGUGACCAGUGGAGCCAUUUAUCCUAUCUGCUUCCCAACAUAUUGCUUUUAAAGACUUAAGAUUGUCAGUUUUACAUUGUUUAAGGUUGUAUGGGUGGAGUUAUAUUUGCCAUGAACAGGAUGUUUCUUCAUUGUAACAAGAUUUUACAGGGGAUUAACUAGUGUGAAAAAAAAUGCUAUUUUAGCUUUUGUAUUGAAACCUCCUCCUGACAAUGGAAAAAUAAAUCAAACGAUUUACA